UUUGGAGGGAGAAACGAAACUAUUUAAAAAGGUGGAACACCCAAAACCUUUCUCAAAACUUUUCAAAUAUCUUUCUUCCUCUCUCUCUCUCUCUCGCUCCUCAUCACCGUGUUACAGUGGCAAUGGAGUGCAACAAAGAUGAGGCUUGUAGAGCCAAGGAAGUUGCAGUAGAAAAGAUGGUGAGAAAUGAGUUUGAAGCGGCUCGAAAGUUUGCAUUGAAGGCCAAACAGUUAUUCCCAGAAUUAGAUAACAUUUCGCAAAUAAUUGCAGUCUGUGAUGUUCAUUGUUCUGCACAAAAAAUGAUAUAUAAUGGUGGAAAGGACUUAUAUGGAAUCCUUCAAGUCGAAAACGUAGCUGAUGAAACAAGCAUCCGGAAACAAUACCGAAAACUCGCACUUGUACUUCAUCCUGACAAAAACAAAUUUCCGGGAGCAGAAGCGGCGUUUAAACUUAUCGGCGAAGCACAUAUGACACUUUCCGACAAAGAAAAAAGGUCGGUUUAUGACAUCAAGUGUCGACAGUUUGCCAGACCUGCUGUUACAAAGGUUCAAGACCGUCAAGGAAACCAAACUUCUAAUGCUGGUCAGAACAAGUUCAAUUAUGGGCAGAGUACAAAGUUUAACGGUUUGAAUCACGCUCAACACUCAGCAUCAAAACAGAAUAUCCGGUUAACAUUCUGGACAUAUUGCGUGUUCUGUACCAUAAAGUAUGAGUAUAACAGAGAACAUGUUAACAAGCCUUUGCGGUGUCAGCAUUGCUCAAAGAUCUUCAUUGCUUAUGACUAUGGUGCACCAAGUGGAGCGGGAACCAGUUUUGUGAACGAGAAGAGUGCUAAUCUUAAAUCCAAGCCUGUUUCUCAACAGAAAGAGGCUGAAAAAUCGGAGAAAGUCAAAGUCAAUAAACAGGAAGGGGCCACAAAGUCAAAGAGUGCAAAUCUUGGAUCCAAGCCUGUUUCUCAACAGAAAGAGGCUGGGAAAUCCGAGAAAGUCAAAGUCAAAGGCAAUAAACAGGAAGGGGUCACAAAGUCAAAUGCCAAUGUACAGAAGCCAAUGGAAACAGGAACUGUUAAAGGCGUGAAUAAAAAGCGAGGAAGAAAAACAGAAGAAGAAUCUAAUGAAAGUCGUUCUGAUGAAAGCGAGGUGACAGGUGGCGGUCUUGGUGGUAUUAGUGUCAAUCAGCGAAGAUCUUCUCGGCAAAAACAACACGUUUCUUACCGGGAAGACGGUGAUGAUGAGUUUAGCCCUCAAAAGCGAUCAAAACCAAAUAAACCGUCCAAUGAAGUUGAAGAUAUGAAAAACGAAAAUGUAUCUGGUUGUGAAGAUACAUCUGACAAUAUUUCUGAAUCUGAUUCAGAACCGGAGUUAGUAGACUGUCCGGAACAAGAAUUCUGUAAUUUCGACAAGGAUAAAGAAGCACAUUGUUUUGCAGUUGAUCAAAUCUGGGCGUGUUAUGAUUCUCUUGACGGCAUGCCACGAUUCUACGCACAAAUCAACAAGGUUUAUUCAUCUGGGUUUAGGCUGCGGUUCACUUGGUUGGAGUCCGAGCCAACGGAUGAUCUUGAAACUAAAUGGGUAGAAGAAGGGUUACCCGUUGCUUGUGGGGAGUUUGCGCUCGGUGAAACAGACGAAACCAGAGAUCGACUCAUGUUUUCUCAUCAGAUAGUAUACAAUAAGAAAGAUGGGAGUAAAUUUUCGUAUGUCGUUAGUCCACAGAAAGGCGAAACGUGGGCUUUAUAUAAGGACUGGGAUAUAAAAUGGAGUUCGGACCCAGAAAGUCAUAUGAAAUUCCGAUUUGAUAUGGUCGAGAUUCUUUCGGUGCACGACGAUUGGGUAACUGUUGCUUUUUUGUUGAAAGUGAAAGGUUUUGUAAGUGUGUUUCAGAGAGGAGUUGCGGAACAUACGAUUCCGUCCAAUGAACGGUUUCGGUUUUCUCAUCGUAUCCCGUCAGCAAAACUGACUGGAACUGAAAGAGCUGGUGUACCCACUGGAUCGUUUGAGCUCGACAUGGCUUCUCUUCCCAGUGACUUUGAAGACUAUUGUCAUUAUUAUUCUAAAGUCAAUGAUGGUCAAAGUUCUUCUUCGGGUCAUAACUUCAGAUCCGACAAGCAGAUCUCCAAAUUUCAAGUAGGUCAGAUAUGGGCAUAUUGGGAACAACAUGCUAACGGGAUACGUCAAUGCUAUGCGCAAAUUAAAAAGAUUGAACAUCAAUCGUUUAAACUGCAUGUAUCUCUACUUAACCUAUGCGACAAUCCAUGUAAUGGAUCUAGUGCGUGUGGUUUAUUUAAACUGUCUGGUAAACGUAAAGUACUUGCAGCAAAUACAUUUUCUCAUAUUGUAAAAGCAGAAGCGUUUGGUAAAAAGUCGUUUAAUAUACAUCCAAAGGAACAACAGAUAUGGGCUUUAUGCAAAAGGCAGGAGGAUGCUGGUGAAUGUGAAAUCGUUGAAGUUGUUGGGACUGAUGCAGUUAGUAUAAACGUUAUGUCCCUGACGCGUGUAUUCGGUUCUACGUCGGUUUUUAUGUCCCCAAGGACACAAAGUUCGACAGGGAAGAUUGUGGUGAUACCACGGGUAGAGUUAAAUAGAUUCUCUCGUCAGAUUCCUGCUUUUCGUUUUACAGAUGACUGCUUGAGAAGCUGUUGGGAGCUUGAUCCUGCCGCACUUACAGGAUUGCACCUGGUUGAACCUAAUCAAUGUUAGUCGAACUAAUUCCAAUAGCAAGUUAACAUGUCUAUCAUAAACAAGUCUUGACGCCUACACUUAGCUAAAGACAAAGGCAGACAGUAACAUGUAUGCAGCAAGUGAAUAUGAGUGGGUUUUUUUUCAAGCAAAUUAUUUGUAUCUCCUUUCUAGGUGCUCAUUUUUGUUGACAUUUAAGUCUUGAAUAUAUCUGUUUUCAAGAAUUUUGUUAGAUCUUGUUUGUUUAAUACCAUAUUUCUCGUUCAAUUCAAUAUUA